ACAAUUUUCUGUACAAAAAGUUUUGUAAUACCUAAAUUGUAUUUUCUAUAUAAAUAUAAAUUUGUAUUUAUAUUUCAAGUCAAAAUAUACGUAAAAUAUACGUAUAAUUAUGGAUCCAACCAGUUCAAAUGAUGUUGAAUAUGAUCUAUGUCAUCAGGAUGUGUCGCCAGUAUUGUCAACGGACGAAACAUCAACUUUUGAUAUUGAAAGUCCCGGUACUGUGAAGACAAAUGUCGAGGUGGCGGUUCCGGUGGUUUAUCCAGGUGAGGAGCCGACGUUGAAACCGGCGCAUUCUACGGAGCUGAUGACGGAAGCCAUCAGUUUCGUAGAACCGGACCCCAAUGCGCCGGUUGAUACUCCAACUUGUGAAGUUGAAAUGCCCGGUCUCGAGUCGGACAAUAUUGAGGUGGCGAAGUCGGCGGUGUGCCCCUCAGAAGAAGAGACGUUUUCACUGGCGCAUUCCACGGAGCUGAUGACGACGGAAGUCAUCAGUUUCGUGGAAGCGGAAACCAAUGCGCCGGUCGAUACUCCAACUUAUGAAAUUGAAAUUCCUGGUCCCGAGUCGGACAAUAUUGAGGUGGCGAAGUCGGCGGUGUGCCCCGCAGAAGAAGAGACGUUGUCACUGGCGCAUUCCACGGAGCUGAUGACGACGGAAGUCAUCAGUUUCGUGGAGGCGGAUACUAAUGCGCCGGUUGAAACUUCGACUUGUGUUAUUGAAGCAUUCGGUCCCAACAUGGAAUAUGUUGCGGUGGCUGCACCGCCCGCGGUGGUGAGCCUCACGGAAGUACAGGCAUUGUCGUCAGGCGAGAAAAAAAGUGACAAACAAACAUCUAUAAUUGACAAGGACAAGACGGUUGCGUUGGAAAAGAAAAAGAGUCGAUUCUUGUCGGCCCUGAGGAGAGGUCUCCGCAGGGUCUUCAAGACCAUCUGCUGUUGUUUGUGCAGUGCGGCGUCAUCAGGCGAGGAAGAUUAUAGAAAUGAAUUCACACACGAAAUCGAAGCAUUUAAUGAGAGAUUGUCAGUUUAA